AUGUCUGUCCCCACCGUCGCCAACGCUUCGGGAGCCGGCGUUGCUCCAGGAAUGGGAGAAGGCACGCCUAUCCAGACCACUGGCCAGACCUCGCCAUACGUGUUAAAUGUGGCCAAGUACUUGAGAGACAACAAGCAGCUAAAACGCAGAACAGGCUUGUUGAACAACAAGGACGACAUUGACUUCUUCAGAUACAAGCGUUUUGUUCGUGCGUUGUUGAGUGACGAGUACAAGAAGAAACAGGCCAAUCCAAAGAAUGAGUUGCUUCCCAUCAACAGUGAGGAAGAGGCGGGUAAGCUUUUCAUCCAGUUGAUUCUGGGCCGUCUCCUUCUACCAGUGGAGAAAUUGCACUACAAGGACGUCAAGGCCAUCAAGGGCUGGAAGCCCAACAAACAGAAGCCAACGUUGAAACCCACGCAAAAGGCUGCCUUGGAGCCUAACGCCUACUACGCCUGGAUCUACCAGAAACCAAACCCAUACAUUGUCUUGUACGGUUUGCUCACGCUUGCUGCCGUUUUCACGAUCAUCUUGUUCCCCUUGUGGCCUGCGUUCAUGAGAAGAGGCGUGUGGUACUUGUCGAUGGGCGUGUUGGGUCUAUUAGGAUUGUUGUUUGCCACUGCGAUUGUGCGUUUGAUCAUCUUCAUCAUCACCUACUUGGUAUUGCCACAGGCCUUCUGGCUCUUCCCUAAUUUGUUCGAGGAUUGUGGCUUCUUUGAGAGUUUCCAGCCCACCUAUGCAUGGGCUGAGCCAGCCGGCGCAAAGAAGAAGAAGAAGGGCAAGAAGAGUAAAAAGAACGCCUUUGGCGAUGUUGGAGAGAAGCUCGGAGCCGUUAUCGAUGCCCAUGUGAAGGAGCAAGAGGGAGAGGCCUCUGCUUCAGGAGCACAGCCCUCGUCCACACAGCCUAAGAAGAGAGCCGUGACCCUCGAGGAGGUUGAAGACAACUAA